AUGCCUUGGUUUGGAGCCAUCCAGGAUGGCCAUGAGCGUCUUGACACGGCGGAAGCUGGAGUGUGGAGCUCUGUAUCAGAUGCUCACCGUGACCUCCGUCUUGCACCACGCAUCCCGUCAGGCAGUGCCUGCCAUGUGUAUGCUGUGAACCCCUAUUCUUUGCCUGGGAUCGCACAGCUUACCGGUCUUGGUCCUAUUUCCGAUGCACUGUUGGGGAGGAUUAAGUGGCAUGAAUGUAAAAUCCUCUCGUCCCAUCGUGGAACUCCCAGUCUCCUCCUCAUCGCAGGAACUCCCAGUCUCCUCCCAGUUCGUACCCUCUACAACCCCCUGGCUGUCCUACCAUUUGUAGCUGCCAGUGAGUUGCUCACAAUUGUAGACAUCCAUCGAGUUGGAAUCUGGAUCCACGUUUUCUUGGUCGAAUUGAUCAAUCAGAGUUAUCAGCGAUUUCCUGCUGGCCAAUCCUCCGACUUUGCCCAGAUCCUUCGCAUUUCGUCCUGGUUGCUUGCCCUUUUGCCCUUGAUACGUCCAUCAACGUGA